AGUUCAAUAAAGGAAUUCCUUUGAAUACAUAGUAUUUAAUUUAUUUAUACCCGUCUUCAUGGAUGCUAUAAUAUGAUGGCAUAUUUUAGAUAUAUUCUGGAGUUGGGUUAGGCAGAUUUUGGCAGAUUUUUUGCCAGGGUCAGGCAGAUUCGCGAUUUUUGAGGUGGUCACCCUGCAACUCACCACAAUCAGCUGUAAUACGAUUUAAAUUUUAUAAAUUAAAAUAAACUACACAUUUAUACAACUUCUUAUAUUUAUAUAAUAACUGCCAUUUACGUUCCUCUAUUUAAGAUAAAUUAUUCUAUAAAAAAUCGUCUAUAAGAAUUAAGCGUUACCAUGAUUGAGCUGCCUCGUCUAACGAGAGCCCUGAGGGCGCACACACAGCUAGACAAGCCACGCUGUUUAAAACCAAUUGUUGAUCCCACAAAGCCUAACACAGUAAAGACACAGAAUUUACAAAGGUUCAAAUCCUAUGCAGACAUACAAAGUUACAUCAAACAGAAUGAACCAAAUACAUCUGAGCUGAUGAACUUUCUGGCUCAACUGAAAGAAGCAUGCAAACUCCUCACUGGCGAUCAAAGUGACGAAAUCAUUGAGGAUGCAGCAGUGCUCACCCUGAGAAUGUUCAUUGACCAGGAUAUUGUGAUGUUGAAGCAUCUGUCACAGUUGCGGCAGAUGUUUGGAAAUGUUAUGUCUACAACUGCAAAUAAAAUUUGUGGGGUUGUUACAAAAAUAUCUAAUGAAAUAUCGGAAGAGACAAAAGAAUACAUCAGGACAGAGGCUAGCGAGUCAAAUAAAGAAAAUAUCAAAAUGUGGGGGGAAAACAUUCAGUGCCACUACAUACCAUAUAAGCCUUUAAAGAAACCUCUGGCAAAAUUAACAAAGAAACCGGCCACAGCCAGCGACUUUGUCAAAGAUUUCUCUAUGAAGUAUGAUAAUGUAGUGAAGGAAAAUACUUCGGCUAAAGUUAGUAAGCCACCACCAGAACCGAAGUUUGGAAAAACCUGGCUAGAGACAAAAAUUCAAUUACUCUACGAGAAUGCAACGGAAAUAUCGAGCGCUGACAUCCUGCAAUCCAUAAUAACAUUACUCAAUUCACCGCGAAGUAAUGACGAGAUGCAAAACGAUUUAUUCGAAUUGCUUGGCUUAGAUAAGUUUGAGUUUCUUCAAGAAGUGUUGGAGCAUCGGCACGAUAUAAUAAAUAGUUUGAAGGCACCGCCGCCGCAGCCUACAUUGUCUGAGAUUGCCGCUACCCUUCCGGAAAAUAAAAUGCCCCAAUACCUGUGUCAAGUAUCUGUGCUGUCGGAACAAGAGAAAAUGCUUGCUAAGCUUGUCAGGAAAGAAGAGAAGAAAGCGAAAGCGUCGAAAAAGAAUGAGAACGAUGAAGAAGAACAGGAACUCAAUAUUGCACAGAUAAGAGCUAAAAGGAUAGCGGAACUCUCAAAGCCAGUGGUACCAUUCUCGACGUCUAGGUCAUCGAGCAAUAUAGACCCAGUGCUACAAAAAAUAUCGUACUUCCAAACGAAAGUCCAAUACCCGAAUGUUUAUGAUUCGUCUAUUAAUGCAAAAAAUUCAGCAGGUUUUGUGUCCGGAUUAAAAUUGAUGCUCCCAGAAAACGCAGUAAGGAAGGACACGAAAGAAUACGAAGAGGUUUUAAUACCGAAAAACGAUCCACCGCCGCUUGAAGUUGGUAAUACGCGCGUACCAAUAUCAGCAUUAGAUGAGAUCGGUCAAAUGGCAUUCGAGAAUAUCAAAGAGUUGAAUCGCAUACAAUCGGUGGUGUUUCAAACCGCGUACAAUACUAAUGAGAACUUGUUGAUUUGCGCUCCGACGGGCGCGGGUAAAACUAACAUUGCCUUGCUCACUGUGGUUCAUCAGAUCAAACAGCAUAUAGAGAAUGACGUAAUCAUGAAGAAUAAGUUUAAAAUAAUAUACAUAGCGCCAAUGAAAGCUCUAGCGUCAGAAAUGACAGCCAGUUUCGGCAAACGGCUCAAAGGCCUCGGUAUUUUGGUUCGGGAACUGACAGGUGACAUGAAGUUGACUAAAACCGAAGUACAGCAAACGCAGAUGAUCGUCACUACGCCGGAGAAAUGGGAUGUUGUUACUAGGAAAGGAGCGACGGACACUGAACUAGCAUCGAUAGUGAAAUUGAUAAUCAUAGACGAGGUGCAUCUACUGCACGGGGAUAGAGGUCCGAUAGUCGAAGCUAUUGUAGCGAGGACGCUGCGCCAAGUCGAGUCCACGCAGAACAUGAUACGCAUCGUGGGACUGUCUGCUACACUGCCAAAUUACCUAGACGUGGCCAGAUUUUUACGUGUGAAUCCAAAUAUUGGUUUGUUUUUCUUCGACUCGCGGUUCCGUCCCGUGCCGCUGGAGCAACAGUUUAUCGGCGUCAAGGAAAUAGGCAGCGGCGGCGGAGCACAUCUUAGACAGAUACAAAUAAUGAACGAGAUAUGCUACGAUAAAGCCGUAGAUAUGGUCCAGAAGGGGCAUCAAGUGAUGGUGUUCGUGCAUGCACGUAACGCGACGCACCAAACCGCUACGAUACUCAAAGAGAUCGCACAAAAGAAGGGCCAUCUCAAACACUUCGAAUCGGAAGACUCCGGCGGGUUUUUGAAAGCGAAAAAGUCGAUAAGUAGCAGCCCUAAUAAGCAGUUGUCUGAAUUGUUCGCGUGUGGCUUCGCUUGUCAUCAUGCUGGCAUGUUGAGGAGUGAUAGGAAUAUGGUCGAGAAAUACUUCGCUGAAGGCUACAUUAAGGUCCUGGUUUGCACGUCAACAUUGGCCUGGGGUGUGAAUUUGCCAGCACACGCUGUUAUAAUUCGUGGCACAGAGAUAUACGAUCAAAGUCACGGAACAUUUGUCGAUCUAAGCAUACUGGAUGUGCUGCAAAUAUUCGGAAGAGCCGGUCGACCGCAAUUCGACACAUCCGGUACCGGCAUUAUAAUAACAACUCACGACAAACUCACGCACUAUCUCAAGAGUAUGACCAACCAGUUUCCUAUUGAAAGUAACUUUAUCAAUCUGCUUGCUGAUAAUUUGAAUGCUGAGGUGGCACUCGGUACUGUAACAAACAUUGACGAAGCGGUGGAAUGGUUAAGUUACACGUAUUUGUUCGUCAGAAUGAGAAUUAAUCCACAGGUAUACGGUCUAACUUACGCUGACGUGCAAGAAGAGCCAAUGUUGGAGACGAAACGUCGCGAGCUCAUCACUGCGGCUGCGAUGUUACUCGAUAAGACGCACAUGAUUAGGUACAACGAACGGACGGGCGAUCUUAAUAUUACAGAUUUAGGCCGCACCGCUAGUCACUACUAUAUCACCUGUGAAACUAUGGAAGUGUUCAAUUCUAUGGUACGCAAAUCUAUGACGCAAGGAUAUGUACUGGAGAUGCUUACAAGAUGUUCUGAUUUCCAACAACUCAAGGUGCGUAAAGAAGAGCUAACAGAGCUUUGGAGUCUCAAAGACCAGUACUGCGAGCUUCGCAUUGAAGACGCCCCUGAAGAUAUACAUUGGAAGAUCAACAUACUUUUGCAGACUUAUCUGUCAAGAGGACGCGUCAAUGGAUCGUCUCUGCAGUCUGAUUUGAAUUAUAUUAGCCAGAACGCAGUCCGUAUAGUACGAGCCUUGUUUGAGAUAACUCUUCGCAAGAACAAUGCGUACAUGGCCGGGCUAUAUUUGAAAAUGGCUAAAAUGCUCGAACUGCAACAAUGGGACUUUUAUAGCGACAUGCGACAAUUCAAUUGUUUCACUAUCGAGACUUUAAAACAUAUUGAGUAUCCGAUGCUGAAGCCUGAUCAAAUACGGGAUAUGGAUUGGAAAGAGUUGGGGGAUCUCAUACGUAACCCGAAGAACGCCCGGCACCUCAAGAAAUGUGCUGAUGAAUUCCCGCUGUUAGAAAUGGAAGCCAGCCUGCAUCCCAUCACGAGAACUGUUCUGAGGAUACGACUCACUAUCACACCUAACUUCAAGUGGAAUGAUAAAUAUCACGGCAAAGCUCCCGAGGCGUUUUGGAUAUGGGUCGAAGAUCCUGAAACCGACAUCAUGUAUUACCACGAAUACUUCCUCAUCACCAAGAAACAGGUGAUCACUAAUGAACCGCAAGAGCUUAUAAUAACAAUUCCUAUCCAAGAACCACUACCUCCGCAAUACUACAUAAGAGCAACAUCAGAAAGAUGGCUUGGGUCUGAAAGCGUGUUGCCGUUGACAUUCCAGCAUUUGAUUUUACCCGAAACACACCCGCCACACACAGAUCUGCUCGAACUCCAGCCCUUACCGGUGACAGCGUUAAACAAUCCAUCAUACGAAAUGUUGUACAACUUUACUCACUUCAAUCCGAUACAGACGCAGAUUUUCCACUGUUUGUACCACACUGAUAACAACGUGUUGCUCGGCGCCCCUACUGGCUCGGGCAAGACUAUUGUGGCUGAGGUUGCCAUGUUUAGAGUGUUCAACCAAUACCCUGGUUGUAAGGUCGUCUAUAUAGCUCCCUUGAAAGCUCUUGUCAAGGAGCGAAUAAAGGAUUGGAAGAUACGCCUUGAAGAAAAGCUGGGGUUGAAAGUGGUAGAGUUGACAGGUGACGUGUCCCCUGACAUACGAGCGAUUCGGAGCUCACACGUCAUAGUGACAACGCCUGAGAAGUGGGACGGAAUAAGUCGUUCGUGGCAGACGAGAAAUUACGUCCGUGACGUUGCGUUAAUCGUUAUCGAUGAGAUACAUUUACUGGGUGAAGAUAGAGGGCCAGUGUUGGAAGUUAUCGUCUCGAGAACAAAUUUCAUCGAAUCCCACACAUCGCGUCGACUUCGCAUCAUCGGACUGUCCACUGCUCUGGCGAACGCUAAAGACCUCGCGAACUGGCUCAAUAUCGGCGAAAUGGGUCUUUACAACUUUAGACCUUCAGUACGCCCCGUGCCUUUGGAGGUGCACAUAUCGGGUCACCCCGGGCGCCACUACUGCCCGCGCAUGAUGACCAUGAACAAGCCGACGUUCCACGCGAUCCGCACGCACUCGCCCUGCGCGCCCACGCUCGUGUUCGUGUCCAGCCGGCGGCAGACCAGAUUAACGGCGCUAGAUCUCAUAGCGUACCUAGCCGCGGAGGACAACCCUAAACAAUGGCUUCACAUGCAAGAAACUGAAAUGGAACAAAUCCUAUCGAACAUCCGCGAGUCGAACCUCAAACUGACGCUGGCUUUUGGCAUAGGCUUGCAUAAUGCCGGCUUGCAUGAGCGAGACAGAACUACGGUGGAAGAGUUGUUCAUAAAUCAGAAGAUUCAGGUCCUGAUAUGUACAGCGACGUUAGCGUGGGGCGUGAACUUCCCUGCUCAUUUAGUGGUGAUCAAAGGCACCGAGUACUAUGACGGUAAACAGAAACGUUACGUCGACAUGCCCAUCACGGAUGUUCUGCAGAUGAUGGGCAGAGCUGGACGGCCGCAGUUCGACAACGAAGGUGUAGCGGUCGUGUUGGUCCACGAUCAGAAGAAGAACUUCUACAAGAAGUUCCUGUACGAGCCGUUCCCAGUAGAGUCCAGUCUGCUGGAAGUGUUGGCUGACCAUCUUAACGCGGAAAUUGUAGCUGGCACUGUGCAAACAAAACAAGAUAUAUUGGACUACAUGACGUGGACUUACUUCUUCCGCCGACUUCUGAAGAACCCGUCCUACUACAAUUUGGAGAGCAUAGACCCGCAGGACAUUAACUACUAUCUGUCUAAUCUAGUGCAGACGUCUUUGGACGCACUGUCCAGAGCCAACUGUGUGGAAAUUGAAGAGGACCAACGUACAGUCCACACGACGUGGAUGGGUCGGAUAGCAUCCUACUACUAUCUAUCAUAUAAAACAAUGGCACACUUCACGGCAAACCUUCACUCUAAUAUGAACGCGGACGCGCUGCUCCGAGUGCUGGCUGAUUGUGAAGAAUACGCCACACUGCCUGUGAGGCAUAAUGAGGAUAUACAGAAUGGUGAACUAUCGCAACAAUGUCGCCUGCCCGUCGACGCUCUGUCGCUCGACUCGUCGAAUGUGAAAGCGUUCCUGCUCCUCCAAGCGCAUAUGACUCGCCUGCCCUUACCUAACUCCGACUACCUGACUGAUACCAAGUCUGUGUUGGACCAGACUAUUAGGAUCUUGCAGGCCAUGAUAGACACAUCAGCGGAGAAUGGCUGGCUAUCAGUAUGCCUCUCCUGUCAGAUGCUAAUGCAGAGUAUAGUCCAAGCCCGUUGGCCUACGGACUCCCCACUUACUACUCUCCCCCACAUGGAAUCCCAGCAUCUCUACCUAUUCUCAAGGAUGACCAAGGACACUAACAAACCUUGCACCAUGCUGAACGGGUUGAAAGUGACCUGCAUGAGGAACUAUGAGUUACUUGCGAGGUAUUUGAGGAAGGAGUUUGAGGAGAAUCAGAUUGAACAGAUACACAGGGCUAUCUGCGACUUGCCAACAUUGGACCUGAAGUUUUACAUCCGCGGGCUGUGGUAUGACGCUGAUCAUGAGCAAGAUAAGCGAGUAACCCAACCUCCUUCUAGGGACCAAUGGCUGCCGUUACACGCUGACCAGGAAUAUACGUUAGUGAUAGAGAUACAGCGUCGCGGUGGCAACCCUAGCAACGUGUUGUGUCCGCGCUUCCCGCGAGGCAAGAGCGAGGGAUGGAUCGUCACUCUCGGAGCUGUUGAUAGCGGUGAACUGCACGCGCUCAAACGAGUGCCUCCCAAAGGCACCGCGCAGGUCACGUUCUAUACACCUUCUCAAAGAGGUCGCAUAAUAUACACUGUAUACAUACUAAGCGACAGCUACAUGGGGCUCGACCAACAAUACGAUUUACAAAUCGAGGUAAUGGACCCACUGCCUCAAGAGAAUGUUGACAAAGUAUAUUACACUAUGGACAAAACUCUGAUUGAAUGAAUGAAGCAAUAAAUUAUUUAUAGCAUAA